AACAGCGGGCACCGAGUCGUCUGGCAAGACAGUGGGCUCCGAGUCAACAGGCACGACAGUGGGCACCGGGUCAUCAGGCAUCGGAUUGUCUGGCUCGACAGCGGGCAUCGGGUCACCAGGUAUGACAGCGGGCACUGGGGCACCAGGCAUCAGGUCAUUUGGCUUGCCAGCGGGGCACCGCGUCAUCUGGCAAGGCAGUGGGCACCGGGUCACCAGGUACCGGAUCAUUGGAUCAACAGCGGGCAUCGAGUCAAAUGGCCUAAUAGGAUCGUCGGGCUGGAUCAGUUCAUCAUGCUGAGUAGCGGCAUCAGGCUGAAUGCAGGC